ACUAAAUGUGCUGCUUUGUAUAACAGUAUGAAUCAACUGUUCUCAGAAAAUAACUCAACAUACAGCCAUUAUUGUCAAAAUAGCUGGCAACAAAAGUGAGUACACCCUAAGUGAUAACAGCUGUACAUCUUUAACCAUGCAAAGUCACAUGUCCUAUUUAUCAAGUUCAUGUGUUAGUGGCCAAGUAUGUCUCCCCACCUGAACCUUUUGAGCACCUGUGGGACAUCCUCAGGCAGAAGGUGGUGAAGCGCUAUGUGUCUAACAUCCAGCAUCUCAGUGAUAUCAAUAUGGAAGAAUGGAAGAGGAUCCCAGCAAUAUGUGCAGCUCUGGUGACAUUGUGGGUCUUUAUGAAUCGGAAGGAUGCAGCCAGCCUAAUCAGCUUUGCUCGGGUGUAGUGACCCGUGUGACACAGACAUCAAUAACAGUUGCUUUUGAUGAAACGCAUGAUGGCCUCAACCUGGAAAGUGAUGCGCUAUACAAUAUUAUGAAGCUUGCAAAUGAUGUAACUUAUAAACGAUUGACUCAUGCUUUAAACUUUUUGAAUGGGUACAGAAAUGGUCCUGCUGCCCAUCUAAUUAGUGUCCUUUUUGGGUACUCUGAGCCUGGAAUGUUGUCACAGCAGAAUGCUUUAGAGUGGGUCAACAAUGGAUUAGACAGUUCUCAGCAGGAAGCUGUUUUGUUUGCCCUAUCCCAGAAAGACGUUGCUAUUAUACAUGGACCACCAGGAACGGGGAAAACCACAACAGUGGUUGAAGUUAUUCUACAGGCUAUAAAACAAGGCCAGAAGGUUUUGUGCUGUGCACCAUCCAACGUGGCAGUGGAUAAUCUGGUGGAGCGCCUGGCUAAGAGCAAGGCUAAGGUCCUGCGUCUGGGACAUCCAGCACGUCUGCUUGAGUCAAUCCAGAAACAUUCACUGGAUGCAGUGCUUGCACAGAGCGACAACACCAACAUCAUCGCGGAUGUCCGGAAAGACAUAGAUAAAGCAUUUAGUCAGAUCAAGAAAGCGCGCGACAAAGGACAAAAAAGCAGCCUAAGGCGGGAAAUAGGAGAGUUGCGAAAAGAACUGAGGAGCAGGGAGGAGAUGGCCAUCACCCAAAUCCUGAAAAGGGCCAGUGUUAUUCUAGCAACCAACACUGGAGCUAGCAAUGAUGGCCCACUGAAGCAUUUGCCAAGCGAGCAUUUCGACCUGGUGGUGAUAGACGAGUGUGCUCAGGCUCUGGAGAGCAGCUGUUGGAUUGCACUGCUCAAAGCACGCAAGUGCAUUCUGGCUGGAGACUACAAACAGCUGCCACCAACAAUUAAAUCUCAGAAUGCAGCUGCUAAAGGUCUGUCUGUGAGUUUAAUGGAGCGUCUGAUUCAGAAGUACGGAGACUCAGUAGUGCGAAUGCUGACCACACAGUACCGUAUGAACAGUGCCAUCAUGCAGUGGGCUUCAGAGCAGAUGUAUCAGGGCAAACUGUCCGCACAUCCUUCGGUGGAAAAACAUUUACUGAGAGACCUGGCUGGUGUAGCUCAUGUUGAGGAGACCAGCAUGCCUCUGCUCUUAGUGGACACUGCCGGCUGUGGUCUUAAUGAAAUGGAGGAUACAGAUGAGCAGUCAAAAGGCAAUCAGGGUGAAGUUGACAUAGUUGCACUUCAUGUGAAAGCCUUGACUAAGGCUGGAGUGCAGGCCAAAGACAUUGCAGUCAUCGCACCAUAUAACCUUCAGGUAGAUCUGCUAAGGCAGAAGCUCUCCCAUGAGUACCCUGACCUGGAAAUCAAAUCUGUGGAUGGUUUUCAAGGCAGAGAAAAAGAGGCAGUGCUGCUGUCCCUGGUUAGAUCGAAUAGAAAAGGAGUAGUUGGAUUUCUUGCAGAGGACAGAAGGAUCAACGUGGCAGUAACGCGUGCCAGACGCCAGCUUGUAGUGGUGUGUGACUCCCAGACUGUCCGAAACCAUGAUUUUCUCAGAUGCUUGGUCGACUACAUGUCUGAGCAUGGUGAGGUUCGCACUGCCUUUGAGUACCUGGAGGACCUGGUGCCAGAAAACUACCAUCGUGAUUUUAAAGAAGGACAGAAUAACAUUAAAGCACCUUCCACCAAAACAAAGACUACAAACCAACAAGGCAAGCGAGCCGAGUCCAACCACAAUAAAGUCUCUGAGAGUAAAAGCAAAGGAAAUGGUCAAUCAAAAAAUAGUGCCCAUUUCAGCAAAAAUCUAAAAGCUGGCCUUCCCAAACCAAAAGCAGAUGAUCAAAUUGAAACACAAAUUAAAAAAGAAGAGAUAAAGGAGCAGUUGCUUACUUUUAUGGAGAACCAGAGUCAGACAGAGCUUCAGUUUCCAUCUUCCCUUAACUCACAUGAACGCCUACUGAUCCACCAGCUCUGUGAAGAGUUAAAGCUACAGCAUGUGAGUAAAGGAACGGGCAAACAGCGCCAUAUCACUGUUUCCAAACCAGUGGCAAAGCCAGAGGAAUCACUCGAAGAGGAAUCAGAGUCCACAAGGCCAGAAAUCCAGAUUCCAGAGGAACUAACAGAAAAAGAAGCCAAAAGGCAACCAGUAAAGCCAACCCUAGACCUGAAAAGCUUGCAUUUGGAGCGUAUGCGCAGAGAGCAAGAAAAACGGGAGGAAAAAAUUCAGAGCAAAAGGCUGGAGACAGAGCCUAAAGAUGGCAAAGGCCCAUCAAUGAAAAAGAACAAAGGUGCAACAAAAGGAAAGGGGAAAAUGAAAGCAGGGGCUGUGGACAUUGCUGCAGCUGCUACAGCUGAUGAUGAUUUCGAAGCACUCAUCGAUGCAGUGGUGAAAGCAGAAAGCGUGUGUGGCUUCAUAAAGUGUAAAGCCAGUGUGCUCACACUGGGGCAGCUGUGUGCCUACUGUAACAGACAGUACUGCCUGAGUCACCACAUACCUGAGGUACACGGGUGUGGAGACAAGGCGAAGGCACAGGCUCGAAUGAGAAUAAGCAAAGAGGGAGUGCUGUAUGCUGGAAGCGGGCAGAAAGACAAGUCCCUGGAUCCAAACAAAAAAGUGUACCUGCAACGCAAAUUAGACUCUAAACUCAAAGACAUGGCAUCCCAAAGAAAAUCCAAAUCAAAGGAUAAAGAACAUUGAAUAUUUGCGUUCUGCUGUACAAAAAAUUAAUUUAUUCUAAUUAAAUUAAUAAAUCUGUGGUUUGUUGUGUACAUUGCCUAAGGAUAUGCAUAAGGAUGCUUAUAUAGUGUUUGAAACACAACAACAAUAAUAUGGGUAUAUUAUAUUAUAAAUAUUGAAAUACAUAAAAAGGGGAAUAAAAGAGAAUAAUGAAAGAACAUUAAAGAAAAUUAUUAAAGGGUUUGACUUUGGAGGAACAAAAAACAUUUUUUUGCCACCAUAUCACUAUAGAAUCACAUAUAAUGAAGCAACUGCUGUUUUUCAUAUUGCAUGCCUGUCUAAUCAGCUGAAGAAGAGUUUAGUGUAAGUUGUGUGGGGAUCAAGAGAACCGAGAACUGUAAGAUUUAAAAAAAACAAAAGGGACAAAGAUGCAUAAUAUAUCCUGGAGAAGAAAGAGUCAUCAAUUGUAGCAAAAAGGUUUAUUGCAAUUUCACUAUAAAAAUUCCACUGGAUGUGACUGAAGGACCAUUCUCAAACAUUCAACA